AUGGCCACCAAGAACAUCUUUUCUAAGCAUCUACCCAAUGUGAAGCUGGCAACUCGCUUCGAUGCGGAUGGAAAUGAGAUUCAGGUUGAAAAGCGUGAAGAUGAAGAGCAGAAACGAAAGGAGCAGGAAAUCAUUGAUACGCUCGUUGGUGCCGGCUACUAUCGGGCGCACAUACAGGGUCUUUCAUCCUUCGACAAGAUAGUGGGCGGUAUGACCUGGUGUAUCGAGGCCUGUGACUAUGACGUCAAUGUGGAUCUUUUAUUCCACGAGAAUCUUACCAUCGGCCAGAAGAUUGCCUUGACGGAAAAAAUUGUCGGCGUGCUACCUCGAAUGAAGUGUCCCUUCCUGAUUGAACCGCAUCAAAUACAGGGCUUGGAUUUCAUCAACAUCUUUCCCGUCGUGCAAUGGUUGGUCAAACGUUCGGUGGAAAAUCGAAGCAAAAAGGCAGACACGUUGCGAAAGCUGGCUGCCACUCAGUUUCAGAACAAUUUCACUCUUGAAUCGGACCACGACUUGCAACGAUUGCGCCUCAAACAGUUGGCCAAUCUGCAGGCAAUCGAAUCGAAGUAUCUUCCUAAGCGACAGUUCAAGCAACGUAAAGCAGCCGGUGGAGGAUGGAUACCUGUGCGUCCUAAAGAUGCUACGGAUCUGGAGGAAAUGCCCGAUGGGGGUCGAACGAUCGAUGAUGAAAGUGAUGCUGGUGCGGAGGAAGAGAUCGAGGAUGAGGAAGACGUAUCAGUAACUACCGAAAAGGAGCUUAAUUUUGAUAUAUUAUUUAAAAAUAUCGCAAAAGAGCACAACAUUCCCAUCGACCUUACGGAUGCAGACCAGCUAAAUCUGGCGAAAAAAUACGACGAUAUUAAACAGAAACUUUCAUCCGAUGUGGUCGACAACGUAUCUGACCGAAAUCGUAUUAAAUCUCAACUUGCCCUCAAACUGGCGCUAGAGAAAAAACUUGGACUGGCAUUAGAUGAAUGCGAUCAGCUACGAACGGCCGUGCUCGAGGAGGAACGGCAACUACAGGAAGCGAGCGAUCGUAAAGAAAUCCUCGAGGAGGAAAUAAGAAAUCUCGACAAUCUCGAAAUUACUGAAAAUAAUCAAAAAAUACUUGACCACGUGAAAGAGUUAGUUUUAAAGAAUGAGCGCAUGAAAAAACAGGAGAUCCAGUUCAAAGAAAACUGUAAGAAAGAAUUGGCAGAACUGCAACAAAAGAUAGAGAAAUCGGAAAAAUCCACCCCGGAUGAUGAUAUGGUCGAGCUUCAGCGACAAUUGGACAUGGAACUGGAACGUCUGAAAUCGUUGCGUUUGCAACUGGCAAAGAAAAACCGCUCGUACGUGGCUAUCAAACGUCAGCUGGACACUGUGCCGGAUCGUACGGAAUUGGCUCAAUAUCAGAGAAGGUUUCUUGAGCUAUAUAAUCAAGUAAGUGCAAAGCAUCGAGAGACAAAGCAAUUUUACACGCUAUACAACACCCUGGACGACACUAAGCUGUAUCUAGAGAAGGAAAUGUCGUUGCUGAACUCCAUCUACGACAACUAUGCAAAUGCCAUGCAGACUCCGCACUCGCGCGAACAAUUUGUGCAACAAUUUGAAACCAUCGUUGAAGGGAUUCGUGCAACGAAGACAAAGCUGAAGAAAAAAUGUGACGACGAGAAAGCCAAGCGCGAUGGGCUUAACGCUCAGCUGCUUUGUCUAAUGGAACAGCAGCGCAAGUAUGCUGCCACAGUCAAACAGCUCACGAUGGAAUGCCAACGAAACGAAACUCUGAUGCAGCAUUUGAAGGUGGUUAAGGUAGCGCAUUCCACCACCCAUCAGUAA